CUGUCCUCAUACAUCGGAGGCUGUGCGCUGCAGCGGCCGCAGAAAGCGCCGCGGAUCCUGGUGUGUGCCGAUCUCCGGAGGGUCCCGGAUAAUCCAGCUGGACCCUCAGUGGACUGGAUCUUUCUGCUUACCCAGAAGUGGGGGGGUUUCACAUUCCGUGCGGGGAUUUUUAAUUCACUCAGCGCAGGUGACCUGAAACUGAUUGCCAAGGAGGAGGACGGGAGAACAAAUGGAAGGACAGCAGAGAGAAAGUGAAUAAGAAAGAGACCAGAAGCAGGACCAGGAGGUUUCCAGUCUCUUUCAAUAAAGGGCUUUGACUUAAAGAGCAGACAGUGGGCAUUACCAGAAUAAAAAAGUUACUACCAGAUCUUUUGUGAUGGAGAAGACAUACUCCCUAACUGCCCACUACGAUGAGUUCCAGGAAAUCAAAUAUGGCGGUCGCUACAGCAGCGACAUCCUCAGCAAUGGCAUGACCCUUCACCUGGGGGGCAGCCUGGACCGCCAUGUGGUCCGAGGGAGGGGCAACACCUGGUCAAACAGCCGAAACAAAGACCUGAGCAGCAGCAGCAGCGGGGGCCUUCCUCGCUGGAGUAGGAGGGAGAACUGCCUCCUGUCUGCGUUGGUCUUUGCUGCAGGCAUGUGCCUCAUCCUGGGGAGCAUGCUGGCUCUCAAGUACAUUUCACUUGACGACGCGGACUGCAGGCAGGACUGCCAACACAAACGCUCCCUUAUGCGGGCGACUCGCUUCGUUCAGGCCAAUAUUGACAUAACCAUACAGCCUUGCCAGGACUUCUAUUCCUUUGCCUGUGGAGGCUGGCUGAGGCGCCACGGUAUCCCCGAAGACAAGCUCAGCUAUGGCAUCAUCACAGCUAUCGGCGAGCAAAACGAGGAGAAGCUGCAGCAGCUCCUUCUGGAGCCGGUUCAGAGACAUGGGCCAGACUCCGCAGAGCGGAAGGUCAAGGAGUUUUAUCGGUCCUGCAUCAACAUCAAGGAUAUUGACAAACUGGGGUCAAAACCCAUGACAGAGGUGCUAGACAGCUGUGGAGGAUGGGACCUGGAGGGAGCUCCAUCGGGCCCUGCUGGGUGGGAGAGGGAGGACGCCCCCCAGAGGCCGGAUUUUAAUGAGCUGCUCUACAGGACGCAGGGGGUUUUUAGCACUGCCGUCUUCUUUUCCCUCACCGUCAAUGUGGACGAUAAAAACUCCUCCAGGAACGCCAUCAGGAUUGAUCAAGAGGGACUGACUCUGCCAGAGCGAAGCCUCUACCUCGGUCAGGAUGAGGAUAGUGUGAAGAUCCUGGCAGCGUACAAAGCCCUGAUGGAGCGCCUGCUGAGCAUGCUGGGCGCUCACAAUGCCACACAGAAGUCCAAGGAGAUUAUAGAGCUGGAGACCCAACUGGCCAAUAUAACUGUGUCGGAGUACGAUGACCAAAGGAAAGACAUCAGCACAAUGUACAACCGAAUCACCCUUAGGCAGCUGCAGCGCAUCGCACCUAGCCUUCACUGGAAGCGAUUGUUGGACCGAAUUUUCCACGACAACUUCUCUGAAGACGAAGAGAUUGUAGUGCUUGCUACUGAUUACAUACAGAAAGUCUCUGACAUCAUCAAGAACACUUCAAAGAGGGUUCUGCAUAACUACAUGCUGUGGCGCAUUGUGGCAGCGCUAAGUGAGCACCUGUCCACCGCCUUCCGAAGCACCAUCCACGAGUUUUCUCGAGAGAUCGACGGCACCGAACAGCAGCUGGAGCUGGGCCGGCUCUGCCUCACUCAGGCCAACAAGCACUUCGGCAUGGCUCUGGGGGCGCUGUUUGUCAAGAAGCACUUCUCUUUAGAGAGCAAAGUCAAGGUACAGAAGCUGGUGGAGGACAUAAAACAUGCCCUGGAUCUUCGGCUGCAGGAACUGGACUGGAUGGAUGAGGCCACCAAGGAGGCUGCCAGAGCAAAGCUCAAGCACAUGAUGGUGAUGACGGGAUACCCAGACUUCUUGCUCAAAGAUGAACUCAUUGAUCAGGAAUAUGGGUUUGAUGUGAACAAGAAGACCUACUUCAAGAAUAUCCUCAACAGCAUUAAGUUCAACAUCAAACUGUCUGUCCGGAAAAUACACGAAGAAGUCGACAAGACGGCGUGGCUUCUCCCCCCGCAGGCUCUUAAUGCCUACUACCUGCCUAACAAGAAUCAAAUGGUUUUUCCUGCUGGCAUCCUGCAGCCCACCCUCUACAAUCCUGAAUUUCCACAAUCCCUGAACUACGGAGGAAUAGGAGCUAUCAUCGGCCAUGAGCUGACACACGGUUAUGAUGACUGGGGGGGCCAGUACGAUCGCUACGGCAACCUCAAACAGUGGUGGACUCAGGAGUCCUACAGAAAGUUCCAGAAAAAGGCCGAAUGCAUCGUCAAGCUCUACGAUAACUUCACUGUAUAUAACCAGAAGGUGAAUGGCCGCCUGACAUUAGGAGAGAACAUAGCCGACAUGGGAGGACUAAAAUUAUCGUACUAUGCAUAUCAAAAAUGGGUGCGGGAUAACGGUCCAGAGAGGCCCCUCCCUAAGCUAAAAUACACCCACGAACAGCUGCUCUUCAUAGCCUUUGCACAGAACUGGUGCAUGAAGAGAAGAUCUCAGUCCAUCUAUCUGCAGCUGCUCACUGACAAGCAUGCACCAGAGCACUGCAGGGUGCUUGGCAGCGUUUCCCAGUUUGAUGAGUUUGCCCGUGUUUUCAACUGUCCCAAGGGUUCUCCGAUGAACCCUGUGGAAAAGUGCUCUGUUUGGUGACCCCAGUGACCCUCCAUUUUCAAGAUCCAAACAAAACUCACCGUUUCGUCAGACACAUCACACGUUCCCGAAGCUCAUCAGGGAGGAAGCAGUGUUCAGACCCUCUGCAUAUGGAUCCACAUCAUCAUCACCGUCAGUGACUGCGUACCACUGGUCUCACCAAGCAUGAGUCAUGUGACUGUAGCUUGUGUACAAAUAUCAUGUGAUUAUAAAUAUUUUUCUAUGUUGACAUUUAUUUUGAAAUCAUCUAUUUUUCUAUUUGGCAGAUAUCUCAUACAUUAUGUUUAGGAUUCAUAGAGUUGUGUUUCAGGUUAGGCGUUAUGUUUUCUUGUUUGUUUGGGGGUUUUUUUGUAUGAAAAAGACUUAUUUCAUAUGUAAUGAAACAAUAGUCAAUUUAGAGUGAAUAUGGAUCUGUAGCAUCUUAGUGUCAGCCAAACAAUCAGGAAGUAUCCAUCUGCAGGCGUCACUCUCAGGCUCACUACUAUUUCCACUUCACAAAUUGUUUGCUCUCAUGCCAGGAAAUUAAACCUCAUAGUAACCUUGCUGUGGCUAAAUUCAUAUUUUUAUUAUCCUCCAGAGAAAACACAUGUUUACAUACACUAUGAAAAGAUGCGUACACGUUUGUUUUGUUUUGUUUUUCUUACUGUAUGGUAUUAGAGCUCACUGAACUUUUUCUGUUUUGAAUCAGUUAGGAUUAACAGACUUAUUUCAAUUCACUACAGCGUGGAAGAUAUUAAAGAAUUUGAAGAAACCCAGACGAUGUCAUCCAAGUUAAAUGGAGGCAUAAGUAUAAACAUGCUGUUUAGGAAAGAGACGGGUUCUGUGUCCAAAAGAUGAGUGUAGUUUGGUGUAAAAUGUUUGUAUCGACCCCAGGAAAAAAGCAAACCUUGCAAAGAUGCUGACUGAAGCUUGUAGAGGAGUCAUCUGCUGUGAAAUGAGUCCUGUACCAGCAUGGGGAGUAAGGAAGAAUCCUCUCCAGAAGCAACUCAAAAAAAAAAAAAAAAGAUUAUAGUUUGCAAAUGGACUGAAGGACAAAGAUUUUAGUGUUUAGUCCUGUGACCAGUGAAACCAUCCUAACUGUGUACCACAGAGGUGGCAGCAUCAUGUUGUGUGUAUUGAGACAAGUGCACUUCACACAAUUGAUGGCAUUUUGUAGAAAGAACAUCAUGAGUAAAUAUUAAAGCAACAUCUCAAAACCUCAGCCUGAAAGUUAAAAUUUGGUAGCAAAUGGAUUUUUCAAAUUGACAUUGUAACUAAUUUUAUACUGACAAUUAGUUACAAAGAACAUUAAAGUUUAAGUUUUGGAGUGGCCAGUAGAAAUGCCUGAUUUCAGUGGAUUUGCAGACAGAGUUAAAAAAAAAAAAACGUGUUUGGGUAAAUAAGUAAUAAUAAAAUUGGCUGAAAUUCCACCAAACUAUUGUGAGAGCCUCAUGGGAAGAAACCCUAAAACAGUUUAAAGGCAAGUCCACCAGAUACUAAACAAAUUCAUGCAAACCUUUCAUUUUAAAGUUGUUUUUUUUAAUAAUUAUAGUUUUUAGCAAAUAUAAAUAAUAAUUCUGGUAACCAUAACUGAUCUAACCAGAAAAAGGUUAGUCUAAUUUAACAACAGUUAAAAAAAAAAAUAAAAAAAAGAUGUUCUUAUUUUAUAUUUGUAUGUGAAUGUACUGAAGUACUUUGGACGGAUUUAUCCUUUCCAACACAACAACAGAAAAUGACAUAAUGCGGAUUGCAAGGCCCUGGAGUCAGGAACCUGCAGUUUUUAGAAAACAUUUGCGUUUUCUCGCUCUGGAGUUGGAAUUUAAUGUGUUGCAUCGCUGCCCUCUUGUGGCCACGGAGAGCAAUGGUCAGUGUCCAGCUCGUCUCGACUGUUGUAAUUAAUGUUUGCCUGCAUUGGUCUUUCGUUACUGUGAGUGUUUGUAAGAUUUUUUUUUAAACCUGUUGACUCACGCUGAGUACUUUUCUCAGGAUUUGUAGCAACACGCAGCACCAAAGAGAGAAAUCGUCUCUUCAGUCCUUGCUGCCAAAACAGAAGAUCUAUUGGAGGUCACAUGUUACAUGUAACUCAUCACAAAACCCAACACCCUGUACAAUAAAGUCCAACUGUAACUAUAAAGAAUCAUACAUUUGUACACAGUGUUACUUUUCUAUGAAGAAUUUGUUAAUGCCAAAACAGAUGAAUGAUUAGACUCUUUGUACAGUGAAGACGUAUAUCAGAUGUAACGGUCGUUGAAGUGAGUGCAUGUUUCCAUCCAGAGCAGCGUUAAAUUCUGAUCGAUUAACAUGGAGGAUCACACAUGCGCCUCAGUGUACAGCUGCUAACCCACGUGUGGCUGCUCUCCUUCCCUCUCUGUUGGUCGCUGUUUAAUGUUCUAAUAAAGGCAAAGGCUCACUCA